AUUGGUUCCUUGAUCGAGUCGGCUUUCGCCGUUCUCUCACUUCUUGUGUUUGUUUUGACUUGUUUUGGAAUUAAUGUUCUUCAUCUUCAAAACCUUGUUCAUGAACGAGGGAAAAGUCUUGGGAUUUUCCUCUUUCUUUGCACCUUCUUAUUCUUCAUCUUCUUCUUAUAUAUAUUCUCUGCUUUUCUUUGUAUCUUAGAUUAUCUCUGAUUAGUUAAAUCAAGUUCUAGUCAGAACUUUGGACCCAGGAAAAUGAAGAAAGUUGUGUUGAAGCUGGACUUGCACGAUGAAAAACAAAAACAGAAGGCCAUGACAGCAGUUUCCAGCCUCACAGGCAUUGAUUCAAUUGAGACGAACAUGAAAGAUCAAAAAAUGAUAGUAAUUGGUAAUGUAGAUCCGGUGGAUGUUGUGAAAAAACUAAAAAAUUGGCACACAGAAAUUCUGACUGUUGGGCCUGCAAAGGAGGUGAAGAAAGAAGAACCGAAGAAAGAAGAGAAGAAGGAAGAGCCGUGGAAAGGAUUCUGUCCUCCCAUGGUCACAUACUAUUAUACCCCACAUCCUGAAGAGUAUCAAAACAAUUGUGUCAUCUGCUGAUUGCGAGACUUGAGAGGGAACAACAGCUUUUGGUGGUGAAAUUGAUAUGUUUUAGGAACCCAUUGGAGAUAAACAUCAAACAUGUGUAGUGUGUGUAAUGGAAUUAUAUUGUGAUUGAAAUUCAGGGAAAAUGAAUAAAUGGAUCUUGGAAUUGAAGUGA